UAACCAGUUGUCUUUCAAAGAUGGCGUCAACUGUGGGAAUCCCUUUGAGCAAGGUGAGUCCUGCCUUCUUACAUGCCAACUCAACCAGUCACACGUGGGUAUUCAGUGCUUUUGCUGAGUUGAUAGAUAAUGCAUAUGACCCGGAUGUGAGCGCGUCAGAGCUUCUCAUAGACCAAGUUGAUAUACGUGACACACCAUGUCUAAUAUUUUUGGAUAAUGGAGCUGGUAUGGAUAGAGAUCACCUUCUUAAAAUGUUGAGCUUUGGGUUUUGUGAAAAAGAUAUUUAUGAAAGACAAGGAUCCCACCAGCCAAUAGGUCACUAUGGCAACGGUUUUAAAUCUGGCUCAAUGCGCAUUGGUAACGAUGCACUAGUUUUUACAAGGAGUCAACGUAGUGCCAGCAUUGGAUUCCUUUCACAGACUUUCCUCAAAUCUAUUCAGACAGAUUGUGUUGUUGUUCCGAUUUUGGAGUAUAGGCUUCCUAAACUGGAACGUAUUAAAAGUCAGGAAUCGCGCAACAAUUUGAAUGCAAUUCUUCAGUACUCUGUAUUUAAACAUGAGGAAGAACUAAAAGCAGAGCUUCGGGCAUUAGAGGGUUCAAAGACUGGUACAAAGAUUAUCAUUUACAAUUUGAAACGACUGCAGGAUGGGACCUAUGAGCUUGAUUUCUCUAGUGAUCCUACAGAUAUAAGAAGUCCAGAAGCACAUGAGGUAGACAUGACUUCAGUAUAUCAUAGGCCUAUUCAGCAUAAUUCUUCUGAAUAUAAGCGUUCUCUAAGAGAAUAUUGUAGCAUUUUGUUUCUACGGCCUCGAAUGAAAAUUACUAUCAGAGGAAUACGAGUCAAGUCAAAACUUAUAUCUAAGUCAUUAUCCAACACUGAGAUUGAUAUGUACAAACCAACUUGGCUGUCACGACCAGUAAAAAUUAUCUUUGGAUUCUCCUGUGAGAAAGAUAAAUCUGAGGAUUAUGGGAUGAUGCUGUAUCAUAGAAACAGAUUAAUUAAGGCAUUUGAGAAAGUUGGAUAUCAAAAACAGCCUAAUGAGCUUGGUAUUGGAGUGGUAGGUGUAGCCCAAGUUGAUUUUCUUCAACCUAUUCACAACAAGCAGGACUUUAACAAGGAUGAAAAAUUUAACUCUGUAAUGUCAGCUUUUGCUACUAAACUGAAUGAAUAUUGGAAUGAGAAAAGGCCUCAGCUUGCUUCACCACAACAGCAAGCUCAUCAGCGGAAUCUUCCCGAUUGGUUAUGGGCACAGUGUGAUCAAUGUCUGAAAUGGCGUCGCUUGCCUGAUGGUAUUGAUGGCAAUUCUUUACCUGAACAGUGGUAUUGUCGUAUGAAUGCUGAUGCCACCCACAAUCGAUGUGACAUCCCAGAGGAACCAGAAGAUGAAGACUUGGCUGUGAGACCAACCUAUGAAAAAACUCAAAAAAGAAUAAAGGAAGAAAGGAAAAGACAGCGCAUGAUAGAGUUGGAGAAAGAAGAUGAGAUAAAGAGGAGAAGGAUAAUGGAAAAAGAAAGAGAACUUAAAGAAAAGGAGGCACAAUUAAGAGCUAUUCAUCAUGUCACAGCACGCUCAGACAACAUUACGUUGACCUCAUUACAAAAAGAAUUGGCAGCAUCAAGGCAGAGAGAAGAGCAGCAAAAACGAUUAAUUCAACAAAUACAGGAACAAAACAAAAAAAUGGCAGAAAGUUUAAAAGUAAUUAAAGAGAACAAAGCAGAGGGUGUUCCUGCACUCAGUGGACCCUUCCUUUCAUCAACCCCAGCAGUUUCUGCCAACAAGCCAAAACCUCAGGCCUCCACACCUGUAGCCAACACCAGAACCACAAGACAGCAAAUGAAGAUCAAGACAGAAUCAGGAGAAGUCUUGUCCAUCACGCAGAAUGAUGUUGAUGACGACGAUGAUGACCAGUACAGUGAAUCCCCUCUAGUCCCCAAAACUAAGGAGGUUUUAAAAAUCUCCACUAGUUUUAUCCAAAACAGUAAAUCAACAUCAGCAGUUAAUGGUACAGUUAAGAAGGUCCCUGAUGGGUCAGCACCCAGCAAGUCCAGAAAGCGCAACAAAGUAGAGAAUGUUGUGGCUGUGAUUGACUUGACGGGGGAGAGAGAGUUUGGGGAGCUGGUGGACAUCAAGCCUGACCUGGAUGUUCUGCGAGUUACCCUGCAGGAGAGCUUGAGGAAAAACUUAGAAGAUAUCAAGCCUGACAAAGAGGCAUUGGAUGCUGCAAUGGCCAAUAAAGCAGAUGAUGUAGCAAAGAAAAAACCUCCAAACGAAAAUCUUUUAGCUGAAACGAAACAGGAAAUAACGGAAACACUUCAGCCGAGCAGCUCCAACAGCGAUAAACCUCAGCCGUCUGUGAAUGGAGAUCAAUCAGGGGCUGCUGACGAGGACUUUGUUCUUGACAUCCCAGAUAGUUUGAAUGACAACAUAGAGGCAGCUAUGGCAGCAAUCAAAGAUUGUCUUGAAAAAGAGAAAUCAGCAGCUGGAAUUUCCGGCCAAAAUCCUAAACCAGAAGUUCCUGAACAAUCUGAUAAUCCAAGUCAUCGUAAGUCAAACGGUUCUGAUAGUUCUCUAGAGAGUAUUUCUGGCAUUUUUGAGAAUCCAGAAGAUGUUGGAAUAUCAAAGUUUGAAAAUGAUAACACUUUAGGAAAUAAUAAUUCUGUGGAAGAAGACUCCCUGGCCAAUGAAGAAGAUGAUGACAAUAUUGUAUUUGGUGGUAGUGAUGAUGCUUGUGAAGAUGACAGUGAUUACAGAGGCAGCACUGGUGUAGAUGAGAAGGGAGAUAAGGCAGACAGAUACUACAGGAGUACCUCAGAUGGAGAUGACAGGGGAGAUAAGCCAGAACCUGGGGAGGAACAUCCCGUGGGGGACAGGCAGGUAAACGGUGAUGACUACAGCAGCACAGAUAAGGCUUCAGAUCUCACUGCCAGUCAAAGUUUGACUCAGGUUAGCACUGAGCAGUUGCAAGCAGCAGUUGGGUUGAUUGCUAGCCAAGAUGGAGACAGUGAAAAUAAUCCUGAGGAGGGGGAAAAUAAUGUCAGUGCGGGUGGACAAGAUCUUAGAGUUCCUGAAAAUGAUUUUGACAUUGGUGAAAUUGAUUUUGGGAUGAAUGGAAAUGAUGAUGAUGAUGUUGAAAUGUUAAGUGAGGAGAAUGGCCGAGUGAGUAGUGUAAAUACCUCUGACAGCGGUUCAGCCGAGAAGCCUGCUACUGUAACUGCCAACACUGAUGUGGGUUUUUUGGAUGUGGAUUCUGAAAAUUGUGAACCAGUUGAGGACAAUAAGAAUGUAAAUGGUGAUGUUAAUGAUGGUUCAAGCCAGAGCUGCUUAGAGGAAUCGGAAAAUCCUUCAGAAGAUGACUCCAAUGUAAUGGCCAGCAUGUUGACAUUCAACAACUUGAAUGCAGUGGACACUUCAAAUGCUGACAAUGUUUUGACAACAGACAAUGAAGUUGCAUGCUUAGAAUAUGACAGUGACUCUUGCAGUAAUUCUGCUGCUGCACAGGAUAGGACAGCCAGUCCAUGCAGCCCUCCAGCCUCUCUCUGCCCCGCCUCUCCUGCAUUCCCCUCCCCUGCAUCUCCCUCCCACAGUGAACACUCAGCAGCCGCAGACAUCAAUCACAAAAACAACAAAGUUAUUGUUGAGGAGAAGAUGGAGAUUGUGAGCAAGGAGGAAAUUGAAGAAGACAGCUACAGAAGCUUAGACAAUGGAAGCUCAGUGGGUGGAUUAGCUGUUUGUAACAUUAGAAACAAGAAUGUCCAGACUGACAUUGAUGUGUAUUUUUUACAAUCAGACCUGGCACUCAGUCAAUUAGGUGUACACAAACUGACCACGAACGUGUACACACAAACUGAGAGUGAUCACGUUUCUCAUAUUGAGGAGGCGUGUCAUUCACCGUGUCAGGAUGACCUAAAGCAGAAAUACUCUUCUGAGCCUGGAAGUCAAGAUAAAAAAUUGGCAGACCUUCCAUCACUGGGCAAAGUGUUGGCUGAAGCCGAGGUACAAACAGAUGUUGCUGACAUUAAAGUUGAGGGUCCAGUGGAGGAGUCUGAUCUUCACAUGAAACUGUCAGAGAAAAAUAAAAUUAUUGAGAUCAUGCAGGAACAACAGCUCCAAUUCCAGAGAAACGUGCAUCAGUUGCUAGGUUACAUAGUUUCUGAUGUAGAUAUUGGAGAAGUUUCUAACAUUGAAAAUCUAGUCAAAGAUAUGAUUAAAGUGAAUAAAGAUUCUCAGCUACAGACUAAUGCAGACAGCCAACUACCCUCUGAUGCAGACAGUCAGGUACAAUCUACUGAAGACUCUCAUUCAUUCUGCUGAAGACUUGGCUACAAUAUGCUGAAGACUUGCCUGCGGUUGGAUGCAUCUGCUGAAAGGUGCUCAGCUACAGUCUUCUGAAGACUUGGCUACUGUUGGAUGCAUCUGCUGAAAGAUUUGGCUACAGUCUUCUGAAGACUUGGCUACAGUCUGCUGAAGAUUUGGCUACAGUUGGAUGUGUUUGCUGAAAGAUUUGGCUACAGUCGACUACAUUGGCUACAGUUUGCUGAAGACUUGGCUACUGUUAGAUGCAUCUGCUGAAAGAUUUGGCUACAGUCGACUACAUUGGCUACAGUUUGCUGAAGACUUGGCUAAAGUCUGCUACAUUGAAGCGUCUGCUGAAGAUUUGGCUACAGUUGGAUGUGUUUGCUGAAAGAUACUCAGCUACAGGACUAUUAAAUAUGUAUAUACAGCUAGAAUGAAUGUAUUUUAAAUCUUGAUUGUAGCAUCUGCUGUAAGAUGUAUUGAUUAACAAAAUCUUGUACUGAUGAUACAUUCUAUUCCAUUAUUGAGUUGUUCCACAGGUUGUUAUGGUAACAAUUGUUUUUGCUAUUUUACCUGUCUGUUUUGUUACAUAAGUUUUUACAGAUUAUUUUAAAAACAUUGGCUGUAAUUUUUAUGAUUAUUUUCCAGUAAUGAUACAUUGUAACUAAGGACCUAAUUUUAAAGUAGAGGUCCUUUCCACCAGCUCAUUGCUUGAAUUUCUCAAUUUAAUUUAUUUAUUGAAAAAUCAAACUACUGCAUUGUGUUGAUCUCUAAUUUAUCCAUGUAUGCAAUGUUUUUGUGUACCAUUACAUUGACCUUCAGUGAAUUUACCACUAGGUGUAAGCCACCUACAGUCAUUCUUGUAUUCAAACAAUGUGUACUUGCCAUGAGCUACACGACCAUUGUUUUAUUUUACUCUGGCAGCAGUUCUCUGCUACCUGUCUAAUGAAAUAGUAACUUUCACAAUAUGUUUUUGUGUUGGGUGAGGGUUCUUUUCACAAAUAGACUAACCAUGUAAGUGAUCACCCCUACAUCACUGGCCAGAGGAGAGUGAUCACCCCUACAUCGUUAACCAGAGGAGAUUGAUCACCCCUACAUUGCUGGUCAGAGGAGAGUGAUCACCCCUACAUCACUGGUCAGGCUUGAGAGUGAUUAGGCCUACUGAUCAACCCUGACAGUUUUGGGUCCAAUCCAUAGAAACCCAUCUUAUGCCAGCUACAACAUAAGAUCACCAAUAAAAUGGUGUGCACAAAUAAUAAUUACAAAACAUUAAUCUCUUCUUUUUUUUUUUUUUUGUUAAAAUUCAGCAUUUUUACCAAAGAUUAGUAUUCAAUAAAACAUGACUGUGUUUUAAACAGAAUUGAUAUAAAUUGUUGGUAACUGUUUGAAAAAGAAAACAAAAUAUGUGAUUUAUGUAAUAGGCAAGGAUAUUCUUAAGUUUUUUGUUUACAUUCUGUAAUGUAAUUACUUUUUCUCUAUUUUAUAAGGAUUUAAAUCCAGUAAGUUUAAAAAAUGAUAGUUUUCUGUAUAACUUUUCACAGAAUGAGAAUAUGUUAUACUAUUUAUAGCCUCAAGAUCAAUAUCUAGUUAUGGAGAAUACCUUUCUUAAUGGCAAAAUGCUGUGUGCAAUAUGUAUAAAAGUAGUUAUGACUAGGCAGCAGUUUUUCCAGCCAUUAGUUAUAUGAUCAUCACUCAGGCUUAUCUCAUUGCAUUAUUGUUUCUAAUUUUAUUGUCAUGCUGAGUAAUACUUGUGCUUCCUGUUUUAUUGUUACUUUUGUUUUUUCUUAUUUACCUCUUGCUUAGAUUGAUGCUGCGUUCAUUUCCUGAGCUAAUGAUUAUUUCAUAUUCUGAGCUAAUGAUUAUUUCACUGACGUUAAAUAAUUAUUGUUUCCCAUUACUUUCACACCACAUUUUUUUUAUUCCUUUCAAAUGUUAAUCUGCUUUUAAAUCCCAUCACUAUCAACUAUGUAUAACAUGAAAUUAUGUACCAAAUUUGUGUUCAAGCUGAAUCUAAUAAAACACUGGUUUUAAAGCAUAAAAAAAUGCUAAAAUGUUAUGAAUCAUUAGAAAUUUCUAACAUCCACUUUAGAAUUGUCUGUACAUAAUUUCAUUUCAAGUCAUGUCCCAGAAAAAAGUGCACAUCACUAAUGUUAUAAAUCGACUGUUUUUAAGGUGUAAACAGUUAACUCACCUUGGAAAAUGAUACCCAUGAGAAAUCAAUGCACAAAAUGUGCACAUUUGAUAUACCAUUUACUCAAUGCAACCAUUCUGAAAAGAAUUAUCAGUGUGUGGUAAAAAAAAUUUUUUUUUACUUUUCGUUAUAUGUAGGCCUGUAUGUGUGUAACAUUUCGGCAUUCAUUGAAAUAAUAACUUUAGACUUAAUUUACAUAUAAACUGAUGCUGGCACCAUCAUUAUUUUUAGAGGUGUAAUCUGUAGUUAAUCCAUUAAAUAUCUCCUGUUGUUUUUUUUCCUAUUGGGAAUUUCCUUUUCACCUCACCACCACCUGACAUAAUAAUAAGAUAUCUCUGUAUUAGUAUAGCUUGAUAAAGUGGAAGCAGUAGAUGUUUGGGUGGAGGAGGUACAACACAUCUUGGCUUUCUGUAACUUUUGUUUCCACAAUGGGAAGCCAAGCUGUACAACAGGUUACCAUUGAUUAAACUACAGAUUGGACCUUUUUUUUUUGGGCUUUCCUGCUUGCAUGUUGGAAAAAAAGUGCACUUUUUUCUGGGUAACUUAGACUAUAAAAAUGCAUUUAUGUGCAUUAUUUACUUUAUAAAUCUUUUCAUUUACAUGAGCUCGUGAUCAUAAAAAAUCAUUAUCUCUUGAUGACAUCAUGAAUCAUUAACUGUGCAACUCUUUGGAUGCUCAACUACCAAAGCCAGACAGUUAUAUGGCAGUCAAUCAGUGUUCACAAUUUCCAUGAUUUAAGUUAUUCCCAAAGCAGAUGUACACAUUUUAAAAUUUGGUUUGCUGAAAUAUUUUAUUAAAACUGAUUUUGGAUUAGAGAUUUGUAUUCACCUACAGGGAGAAAAUUUGUUUUGUUAGUUUUAUUCAGAAAAUAAAACAUAAUUAAUUUGCUAUUUUUAUGUUGUCUAGUCGACAGAAAAUUUAACAUAUUUUUUAGUUUUCUAAACCAUUACAUAAUGUGAAUAUAUUUUAGUGUUAUGUAGUGUAUAUCAUAUGCCAGGAAAUAAAUUGUCCUUGGAAUUCAAAGUUAUUGAUCUUUUAUAGAACUUUUGCAUCAUUCACAUCUAAUUAGGUUCACAUGUUAAUUAUUCAAGCCUGUCAUAAUGUAUAUUUUGUUAAGUACUGAAACUAAUUCUAUGUAAAUGUGCUUGCAAAUUUUUUUUAAUUUGUAAAUAUUAUACUUGCUUGGUCCGGGAUUUUUUAAACUACAUAAUUAAAUUUAAAAUAUUUUUAUAUUGUACAAUAGUAACUUGUGAAUAAUCAUAAAGUAAUCAUAGUCUAAUGCAUUCAUUUGAUU